UUUUCUCCCGGUCAAGGUGAAUCAUGGGGAGGAUCCAUCAUCCCCUCCCAGUCUUCCUUUUUAUAUAUAUACUCCCGCUGUCUUGCGGUAACUCCAAGAAUUCUAGUUUUGGUUUUCUUGAAUUUUCCAUCAAACUCCCAGGCUGUGUUCUGGGUCUUUUUGAUCAUCAUUCUUGUGAGUUUUUGCUAAUAAUUUGAAUUUCACAAUCUGGGUAUUGCUGGAAAUCCCUUUUCUUGGGGUUUAUUGUGGGAAAGUUUCAAAUUUUGGAAAUUUUCAGCAAAUUUGAACUCUGGGAUUUGGAAAUUUCUUGAUGCUUUUCUGGGAUUUGGAUGAAAACAUAGUAGGGUUUUGAUUGAGAGAUACAAAAACACACAAAUCAAACACACACACACACACACAUAUUGAUGAUGGAUGGAACACAGGGUGGUUCUAAUGCACCUGCCCCAUUUCUGACCAAGACAUAUGAACUAGUGGAUGAUCCAUCCACCAAUCAUAUUGUUUCUUGGCAUCAAAAUGGGCACAGCUUUGUGGUCUGGAAUCCUCCUGAGUUUGCCUGUGAAUUGCUCCCCAAAUACUUCAAGCACAACAACUUUUCCAGCUUUAUCAGACAACUUAACACCUAUGGGUUCAGAAAGAUUGAUCCUGAACAAUGGGAGUUUGCAAAUGAGGAAUUCAUAAGAGGACAGACACAUCUCUUGAAGAAUAUCCAUCGGCGUAGGCCAAUCCAUAGCCACUCUGGUCCAGGGAAUUCCGUGGCUCCCUUGAAUGAUUCGGAGAGGCAGGGGUUUGAAGAGGAAAUCGAGAGGCUGAAACACGAGAAUAGUUUUCUUCAGUCAGAAGUAGAAAGGCGCGAGCAAGAGAAUCAAGAAUACAAACUCGAGUUUCAGUCGUUGGAGCAUCGGUUGCUCAAGGUUGAUCAAAGGCAGAGGCGACUCGUGGCUCUUUUGGGUCAAUUAUCUCAAAAGCCGACAUUUGCCUCUGCCCUCAUGAACCAGUUGGAUACUCAUAACAAGAAGAGAAGGCUAUCGAUUUCCAAUAGCCUGUACGAUGAAGACAAGAUUGGAGAUAACCAAUUCCUUAGUUUCCAAAAGGGUCUUGGCUCCAUCACACAAAUUCCACAGUUAAGCUACGAGCUAGUUGCAAAGUUGGAUUCUUCCAUAAAUUUCUGCGAGAAUGUUCUCCAUGGGAUUCCUAAGACUCCAGUGGAAGAUGUUUACGAGUUUGCUGCCCUUCCUCGGCCUUCAACUGAGAUGCAGGCAAGAUCUGGAGAUUCUGAAGUCAAUGUCCGGCCUUGCUCUUUCCAUUCUCAACCGUCAUCACCUUCAAGGGAUAUGUGCUCGUCUCCCGAGUUGGCUGGGUCUUCAAGUCACACGGGUACCCCUGAGAUAUCGUCCAUCUUUCCCAACUUAGAAUCCCGACAUAAGCCUUCAGGAAUUGAUGUAAACACUAGUCCUGCUAGUACUCUCGAGCCUACUAUCUUGAAAGAUAAGGUGGAGGGUAACUCUUCUACGUUUAUGCCUAAUGGAGGUAAUGAUGUAUUCUGGCAGCAGUUCCUCACGGAGACUCCCGGGUGCUCUGACCGCCAGGAGGUCGAGUCUGAAAGAAGGGAAACUGUUGGGAGAAAGUAUGAUAGCCAAUUAGCCGAAAGCCAUAGACCUUGGUGGAACACGAUUAACAUAGAACACUUAACGGAAGGCAUGGGGCAUCUCAGUCCCAUGACUGGAACCUGAUGCUGCUUCACCGUUUUCUUGUAGAUUUCUUGCCUGCUUGUUGUAAGCGUCUUUUUUAGCAUGGAUCGCUCGGUUAGAGCUGGAUCCAUGCUUUCUUGGUUUUGAUUUUGCUUGUAGUCACUAGCUAGAUAUCUUUUUUAUCAGAAUAGAAGUUUUCUAAGUUAUCUGCGUUCUAGAGUUUAAUCCCUAUUCCCUAUCCCCUAUUCCCAUUCUUAUUCACUGUUCUCCUUUGAUGGGUUACAAGAUGAAUUAUUCUUGAGUUU